GAGGUGAUAAAGAGGUUGAGAAUAAAUACAAGCACUUGCAAAACAUAAGAAUAUUAUAAAAUAGCAGAAAACGGUGCUAGGAAAAUGUUCAUAUAACCGGUUCAAAAGAGUUCCCAAAAUGAAAAAAUAUGAUUCGGAGUUUGAAUGUCAUAAUCCAAUUUUCUGAUGUCAUUUGAUGUCUUGAAACAUGGAUAAGGGGCCGGUCGAAAAUAUAGCUUAUCACAAGGACACCGCCGGGAACGGCGCGUCACGAAAUCCGGACGCAAACACACCAAAUUCCAGCGACAUCACAGCAGGCGCUCUGGCAACCUCACUUCAGAACGAGAAAUCACAGAACGGGAACAAAAUGUUGUCGGACGGGCGACAACAGGAAUUUCUUUUGAAAGAAGAGCACGAUAGCUUAACGCGUUAUCAUGAUGAUAAAAUAAAAGAGCACCUUUUAAACGCCGUACGACGCGGGUCGUACGAAGUGGUCGUGACGCUUUUUGAGAGUCUCGAUCUCGGAACGGAACUUUUAAGCGGCGAGCACGGAGGUUAUAACUGGACCCAAGGGAAUUUUCCACCUCUUAUAGUAGCCGCACAGCUUGGCCAGUACGAUAUCAUAAAAUUCUUCCUCUCCAAAGGCUACAGAAUAGAGCCGCCUCAUGAAAUACAAUGCGCGUGCGAAAACUGCCACAUUGAUUACUUGCGUACGUCGCAAGAACGGUUAAGUCUCUAUAAAGCUCUCGGUAAUCCAAUAUGGAUAACGCUCACUACCGACGAUCCGAUCCUAACCGCUUUUACGAUGAGUACAAAAAUGAAGAAUCUCGCAAAUCAAGAGGACGAAUUCGAAAACGAGUACUUAGAUCUGUAUAAAUCUUGUAAACAGCUUGCUGUGGGAUUGCUUAGCGAGUGUUAUGACUCGAAAGAACAGGAAACGAUAUUGAAUUAUUCUCAUGAGCAGGCUAACAGUGGAGAUAAGCGAUUAGAUUUACUUAAGGCGGCGAUUUCGAUGGAGCAAAAAGAGGUACGGGCUAUGUUAUUAAUACAAUGUUUUUAAGGCAUUAAUUCUUCUCAGCGUGAAGACAUCGAGUAGUAUACCGCAUAAUUUAGACCUUUCCAAAGCUGUCGGGGUUUUUGUUUAAACUUCCUGAAAAAGAUACUUCAAACGCAGUUAUCCAGUGUAGGUAGUAUUCUACAAGAAGCUGUUGUGGUUUGUGACUGAACUAUAGGUGAAAAGGAUAUCUCAAACGUGGUGGUCCAGUGUAUAUAGGUAGUAUUCUACAAUAAGCUGUCGUGCUUUGUGUCUGAACUGCCUGAAAAAGAUAUCUCAAACUUGGAGGUUCAGUGUGGGUAGUAUUCUACAAUAAGCUGUCGUGGAUUGUGUCUAUUGUAGAAUACUACCUGCACUGGAUCGCCACGUUUGAGAUGUAUUUUCCAAGUAAUUCAGACAAAAAUAACGGCAGUAUAUUGUAGAAUAUUAUCGACACUGAAUUUCCCCACGCGAAACGAUAAUGUAUUAAUGGACUUUGUUACAAAACAAACUGCAAAAUACAAAGUUCCAUUGAGGAUUACAACAACAAGUUUAGACAAGAAAGAUAUGGGUUUGCCACGAUGCAGACUGAUUCAAAUUAAUACUACAAACAACAGUAACAAGCACAAAUUAAAGUUUGCCAAAAAAUGUUUAGAAAACCUAUUUCGACCUAUAAUUUAUUUAAGGGCAUUUGUAAGAUCCUAUACAUAGCGGUUCGAUCAUGCGGACAGAAAUUCUGCUUUUCUAAUUACAUUUCGUAGCACAAUGGUUUUAAAUCAGACAGUUUCAAACAUUCUUCAUUAGAGCACGACAUAAAUUUAAAGUACACAGAGGAGAAAGAUUUUUCCACAAAAAUAGUAAAACUGCCUUUUGUUGUAAUAAUAUAUCUGUCACGCAUAUUCAAUUUUCUAUUAUUAUAUUAUAACACCACUAUAUUUCAAAUGCUUAGUUGUUUCCAGUGAAACAAUCUGUUGAUCUAAACUUUAUAAAUAAGUCUUUUAAAGGGCGAUAAACAAAAAUUUGAGGGAGGAAUAUAUUAUACAUUUAUCAAAUAUAUAAAAGCAAUGUUUUUGCCUUGCGAAAGAUAAUAUUCAAAAUGUGUGAAUGACUGAAUGUGUACAAAACACACAGAUUUAUAUCGGUAAAUAUACAUCAGGUCGAUUUUAAAUUAUCUUUUUACCUCUUCCGAUCGUAGGCGUUUAAAAAUAAAGGGCAAAUAUACAGUACAAUCAUACUUGACUACUUCUAUAAAUAAAAAAUUAAAGACGAAUUGCAAAAUAGGAUUUUGCAUACCUAACAUACAUGAAAUAAAAACAAUUUAAAUGCAUGUAGAAUUAUACAGUCGAAAACAUUGCAAGGGACAAACACCGCUGAAGACAUUUUAAUAUUAACCGUGUUUGCAUUCGAAUAUGCUUUUAAUGUUUUUAAUUACAAGUAAUAUAUCACGGCCAUAUAUGAUAUGUAUUGAACAGCGACAAUUUUCGGUAAAAUGUAGCUACAUUGUACCACAAAACAUAAACAAUUUUUGAAAAUAAGGCCAAAAGCUACAAACUAAAUCACUUAAAACAGACAUUGUUUGACUACGAAAACGUGUGGGCCACAUUAAUUUGCUUCCCAAUUUUGAAAUCAGCUGCAAAAUAAAAGGAUAGACCACUCAUUAAAUUUCCUCGAAUGUUUGCGGUCAUGCAUAUUGGCGAAUUUGUUUUCUAUAUUAGGAGAGGGAAAAAGCUUAAAAGAAAAGUAUUAUUAAUACAAAAAUAACUAUAGGUAUUUAAGGGGAACCACAUCAGUUUAAUACACACAAAAGGAUAUUUAGAAAUGAUAAAAGUUAUAGAUUUUGUGCGAUAGCAUGUGGUAAUUAUGCAUUGCAAAAAAUUACAUCGGUAGUUUCUCUAGAACGUAUUAACAAUUUAACGCUAAACACCUCAGGGUGUGUGAAAUGGAUUAAAUCAUUAAACUAGCUUGAUCGAAAAUAUCAAGUAUACGUGCAGAACUUUAAUUUAAAAUCAAUUUAAAAAAAAAAUAAAUCUGAUGUUUCGCUAGACAAAAACAUGGAGUUCAAUAACUUUUUUUCUCCCUCAAUUUUUUAUUUAUUAUCGUUCUUUUAAAAUAUUUAUUUGGUCAAGAGUAUAACGGUGAGGGGGUCGAAAUACAACCUCGUUCCCAGAAUCCUUGCCAGCUGAACGUGUCGUGUCGAAGUCCAACUAAGGCACCCCUAGCUUUCAACAUAAGACCUAUGUGCCAUGGCUCAUCACAGACCACAGCUAAUUAUAAGAUGCAGUGGCCCAGCCAGGAUUUUACUUUUUGGGGGGGAGCGACUUUACGAACUCACAAUUCUAUAACAUAUCCCCCCCCCCCUCCCGGGUCUUAAUGAUAGCUCUAUCAGUAUUUAAUUAAAUUAAAGAAAUCGACACGCGCUAACAGUAGAAGUUCCGCCAGUCGCUAUUCGAAAAGCAGAAAAUGUAUGGUCAAGCAGAUUUUUUAGGGUGGUGCUGGAGAGGACUAGGGGGGGGGGGGGGAGGGCGCUAGACAAUAGAGACCUUACGAUGUUCGGACGGCAACGCGACGGCGACGGCCAAAACAAACUCCUUCAAAUAAAUGGUAGCAAAGAUAAAUCGUCGUAUAUUAUCAGUCGUGUGAAUUUAAUACAGUCUUAGAAGUUGAAGACAUGGGUUUUAUGGUUGGGAAGAGUUCUGCUAAACCCAGUUUGAAGUUGCACUUGUUGCGGCUUGAAAUGCAGCCGUUGUAUCAAGACGUGAAAAUCUGUGAUUUAGCGUUGUAAACAGAGCGAGGACAAUGUCUAAAUUAUUCAUAUAUUGUAAUUAUUCAAUUCUUUUCAAUGGUCUAUUGUACUGGUAGCCGUUGCCGUCGCGUUGCCAUCCUAAAUCGUAAGGUCUCUAAUACUAGGUGGACACUCCCUGCACCCCACGGUAGAUCCGCCCUGUGUUAAACUCCGUUCACUUUUCUUUUAGUUUGUGGCGCAUACAUUCAGCCAGCAUCUUCUAAUGUCCCUCAUAUACAAAUGCGCUAAAGGAUGGCGGACCAACAACGUAUCGUACAAAAUCCUCUUCGUAACAAGUCGAGUCGUCAUGUUCCCGUUCAUGGCAGUGGCCUACAUAAUUUUUCCAUGCUGGAGUUUCUCGUGCACCAUGAAGGAACCUCUGAUAAAGUUUAUCAAUCACACAACAGCUUUUGUCGCAUUUCUAAUGCUAUUGGCAAUCUCCUCAACCCAACCCCUUAAAAUUCGCGGCGGCAGUACGCCAAGCGGGCUUGAAUUCUUAAUAAUAUUUUACGUGCUGGGGCUCAUGUGGUCGGAAUGUAAACAGCUAUGGAGCGAAGGCCUGCUUAGGUAUCUGUCCAGCGGCUGGAACUGGAUGGACUUAUCUAUGCUUCUAAUGUUAUGCAGUGCUUUCCUUAUAUGGGCAACGACGGCAAUCAUCGCGUCGUUUUCGGCGACGAACUACAACUCAAGCCUACAAAUGACUGUCAGCGUCGCGGAUGGAUUGUACGCGACCGGAAUUGUCAUGAGUUUUUUUCGCUUGAUCUAUUUGUGUCAGAUCAGUCGCUAUCUCGGCUUGCUUCAGCUUUGCCUCAGUCGAAUGGUACGAGUGAUAAUGCAGUUUGCUUUCAUCAGUUGCGUGGUGCUGUGGUCAUUCUCCAUAGGAAUGCACAUGCUGUAUAAUUCCUCCAAACAUUUUCCUGGCAAGAAUAGAACCGCGCCCGUAGAGCACGAACCGACGCGACGUGAAGACGACGGCUUUUUGGAGCUGUCUUGGCAUGGUGAUUAUAAAGGGUGAGCAUGAUUUUAAAAAAUCGAGUCAUUUUAUAUAUUGAAAGCUUUUUUCAAAUAUCGAUGGGUUGUUGAUCGAAUGAUUGAUUGAAUAGAAUAUUAAUCGAUCGAUUGAUUAAUUGUUGAUUCUAUAAUUCAUUAUCUGAAUAAUUGAUUGCCUGAAUGAUUGAUUAUGAAUUAUUGAUUAUCUGAAUGACUGAUUGUUUAUCCCAAUGACUAACUGAUUAUUUGAAUGACUAAUUGAUUAUCUGAAUAACUGAUUAUCUCAAUGACCGAUUGAUUAUCUGAAUGACUGAUUGAUUAUCUGAGUGGCUGAUUAUCUGAAUGGCCUGUUGAUUAUCUGAAUGACUCAUUGAUUAUCUGAAUGAAUCAUUGAUUAUCUGAAUGACUCAUUGAUUAUCCGAGUAACCAAUUAUCUGAAUGACCAAUUAUCUGAAUGACUGAUUGAUUAUCUGAAUCACCAAUUGAUUAUCUGAAUGAUCGAUUAUCUGAAUAACCGGUUGAUUAUCUGAAUGACUUAUAGAUUAUCUGACUGAUUAUCUGAAUGACUGAUUGGUUAUUUAAAUGACUAAUUAAUUAUCAUGAAUUAACUAAUUGAUUCGCUGAUCAAUUAACUGAUUGUAUGAUUAUUAAUUUGAUCAACUAAUUGAUUGAUUUUCUGAUUGAUUUAUUGAUGAUCCAUCAAAUUAUUAAUUGACUAGGUAGGUUUUGAUUGUUGAUAUGUUGUUAAUUGUGCUUUAUUUCAGGCUGAUGAACAGUGUUGUGACGAUGUCGUGGGCGAGUUUUAACAUGAUUGAACUGACAAGUCUGACAGUAUUCGACAACACCAACAUGAUACAGUUUUGGAGUGCAGCAUUGUUUACAGUUUACCAUGCCUCAACUAUGAUUGUUUUACUCAAUAUGCUUAUUGCUAUGAUGGCAAACUCAUACCAACAAAUAGAAGUAAGUUAUUGUUGCAGGAAUCAAACAGGGGUGGAUCUAGCCUCAUCUGAAAGGACCCAGCGGGCAAAAUGACGUUUAUUCAACGUUGAAUCAACGUUGGAAAUGACCUUCCAGACGUUGGAUAGACGUUGAAAAAGGAUUGAUAAUGCAAAUUGGAUCGACGUUACUGUUUCGACGUUGAAACAACGUUGAAAUUAGGUUGCCAAUCUCGUCAACCAUAAUUCAACGUUGAAUCAACGUUGAAACAACGUUGAGAUUACUUCACAAAUCGACGUCGUACAUUUAACCAUGAAUGAACGUUGAUUCGACGUCUGUUGGCUGCUGUUGAACCAAUGUUUUUAAAACAACGUCAGAGCAACGUAGAUAUUAGGUUGUCGACGUCGCAACCUUUUUUCUACCAAAUUUCAACGUUGAAACAACGUCGUGUGCAGAAUCGUAGAUGGCCGAAUCUACAUGUUCGCCGUUACGCUUUACAUUAUCUUUUGUUUAUAACGUUUACAUCGGCUGUUAUCACGUACGCGUUACUGGACAGUUGCUGUACUGUAGCUUAAAACAGUACCAUAAUUUCGAAAAUAUUGCUGUAUAACAACCUGGACAUGUUUACAUAUGCCAAGAACUCUAUCCAAAUCUAACCCUAGCGGAAUGUUUUUAGGACAACAUCGAAAUAGAAUACAAGUUUGCCCGCGCUCAAAUGUGGGUGGAAUUUUUUGAUGAUGUGGCAACACUACCAGCGCCGUUUAACAUCAUUCCAACGCCGAAAACAAUAUCGAGAAUAUUUUCAUUGUUCUUCGAGAAAGUGUGUGGAAAAUCGUGGAGCAUAUCAUACCAUGGAAAG